AUGUUGGGACAGAGCAUUCGGAGAUUCACAACCUCUGUGGUCCGUAGGAACCACUGUGAGCAAGGUCCAGGGAAGAAUUUGCCGUUUUUGGUGGAAAACAAGUGGUGGUUACUAGCUAUGAUGACUUUGUAUUUUGGACCUGGAUUUGCUGUACCUUUCCUUAUUAUAAGACACCAACUGCUUAAAAAAUAAGGAUGUUUUAGUUAAUCCAUAAAACAGAUAUGAAGAAGAGCAUUUUAAGAGGUGCAGUCUCUUUGAAAAAAUAGAUCAAACUGUUGAACUCGACAUACUAGAUGUGUUUGUAAAUAAACUUAAUGGCAUGAAUCCGUAAUGCCUCUUCUCUGAAAAACAAAAUGUGAUAAUUGGG